GAGCUUAUUGCCCUCUUGUACCCAAAGACUUGGCAACGGCCUCACUGGUGCCUUAUCCAGCCAGCCCACCAUCAAACCUACUCGUUUGUCUAUCUUGGAUUUGGGCGGUCCGUCAUGGGGGACCACUCAAUAGAGGAAAUUCUCAGAUUCCUGUUUCUUCUACGUACACUUGUUCGUUCCACAAACAUUGCUACCCUUGUUACGAUCCCCCCUCAUUUGUCAGUGCGAAGCGAGAUUUCCGAUGAUUUUCUGGGUCAAAUUGCGUUCUUGUCCGACGCUUGUGUAUCAUUCAUGGGUUUUGGAGCGGACCCCUCCUUAUCAUCUUUGUUCAAAGCCUACCAUGGCGCCGUCCACCUCCUCCGGCUUCCUUCCGUACACACUCUACUCCCACUUUCUCAACGGCAUUCGAUUCUACGCGGUUCCUCGAGCGGAGGAGAUAACAAUCUCGCAUUCAGGUGUACCCGGAAGCGUUUCAUAAUCGAGACGCUCCACCUAGACGUUGAAGGUGGCGUUGCAGAACGGCGCACGACCCCAGCACCCACGACAUCCACGAUGGCCUCCAUCGAGUCUGCAUCACACGGUGACCAUGGGCGUGUUACUGGAACGGUAAUAUCGUUACCGUCUGACGCAACUGCCUCAAUCAAGAUCACUCUCGAUAGUGACGUCAUUGCUGCCUACCCAGCAUCCAAUAGCGGUGUUACCAGCAGUGACAUCUCAUUCCCAUCUAGAGAUGCUUUGCCCAAUACUAGUUUUAAAAAGGCAAAACCCCAAAAACGCGUCGCCUUUCACUCUAAUCGCCCAGAUCUGUACGAUUUUUGAAGGAGGCAGCAGUACAAUUUAUGUACUCAUAAAUAUACCGUUCGGUGCUUGUACAAUGCAACCAAAGGAGGGUAGUGCCUUCAAACUACUGGGUUUUUCCAAGUUUCCUGUUCUCCGCCAUUCAAGCAUGCAGAGACCGCGAAAUGCCUUUGUGACAGCCAAGGAAGGUUGAUUAUCUUCCAAGCUCGUAAUUCAGAUGUCUAGAAGUCUAGAUUUGGGAAAGCCCCUAUUCAAAAGUUCCUAAGGUCCAAAGGAAAAAGAAGUGUGUCAAAACACGGUGGAUCAAUCGGCUGGCAACGACGUUCUGUUGGCCGCAUAAAGUCAGAGGCACAUGGGGUGAGAAAUAAUCUCGCCUUUUGCCAUGUAUCGCGGAAAUGAUGGGAGGCAGAGGGAUCAUAAGAGAAUGGUAAGUAGAUCGUUAAGUCAUAAAACAAGUGUACACAGGCAGCG